GGAUGUUUGUAUGCAAGAGUUCGUACGACUGGUGUUGUCCAGAUCCAAUUCAGUCCUGUUGGAGAAAAUAAGAGAAGUGGUGAAGUCUAUAGACUCUUUGAUGUUGGUGGCCAGAGAAAUGAGAGGAGAAAGUGGAUCCAUCUUUUUGAAGGAGUUACAGCUGUAAUAUUCUGUGCUGCAAUUAGCGAGUAUGAUCAAACACUUUAUGAGGAUGAAAACAAGAACAGAAUGAUGGAGACUAAGGAACUUUUCGAGUGGGUCCUGAAGCAACCAUGUUUUGAGAAAACAUCCUUCAUGUUAUUUUUAAACAAGUUUGACAUAUUUGAAAAGAAGAUCCUGAAAGUUCCGCUCAAUGUGUGUGAGUGGUUCAAAGACUACCAGCCAGUUUCAACAGGGAAGCAAGAGAUCGAACAUGCGUAUGAGUUUGUGAAGAAAAAGUUUGAGGAAUUGUAUUUCCAGAGCAUUGCUCCUGACCACGUAGAUCGUGUGUUCAAGAUAUACCGGACCACUGCUCUUGAUCAGAAGCUUGUGAAGAAGACUUUCAAGCUUGUUGACGAGACUUUGAGACGGAGGAAUCUGUUUGAAGCUGGCUUAUUAUGACCAUGCAAGAGUGUGUUUAAGAGGAAUAUGGUAUAAUUUUACAUUGAAAAGGUCUUCUGAUUUUGGGUAUAUUAGAGGUCAGGUAUACAACAAUAUAAAAUCCAUUUGUUGAUUUUAUGUGGGUGGAUUGGGAAAGCCUUUCUCAAUACUUGAUCACACACCACAUCCCUCUUUAGAAAGUAAAGUAGUUGAUUAUCUUUUCAUUGAUUGAAAGUCACUAAUCAAAUACUCCACAUCUUUUAUUUAAGCUUGCUAAGUGUUGAUCAGUUUUCUUUUGCUGAUUUAUGUUAGUCUGCAUGUUCAGCAAUCAUGCUAAUUUCAGUUUUUUAGUUUACUUUCUAGCCUUUUGUUCUUAGUCCAUUUAUUUCUUUUGAACACUUGCACGAAGACUCGUUCAUUUUAUCAACCGACAACUAUACUUGAUUGUCUACAA